AUGGCGACUUAUCUUGUUAACGCUUUAACGUUUCAACAUGAUCAUGAAGUAGCUGAAAAAUUAUUGACACAUUUUUGGAAAUCGGUGAGUUUGUUUUUUGAAACAAAAAAUGUCCCAAUUAAGUUUAUCUAUGAUUUCAAUCGAAUUUUGUUUUCAUUUUUAAUAAGUUUCUCUUUCCUAUUUCUCGCAGCUAAUUAAUUAAUUAAUUAUGGUCAGUUUUUGUCUGAAAAAAAAUUAUUUAAAAAAAAGUUUUCAGCAAAAUCUUCUGGAUAUCGAUUUGGUUCGAGAGCAUAUUUCAAGUCAGCCAAUUCUUGCAGCUUCCUUAUUUUUUCUGGUUUUCUCAUCGAUUGCACUUUUCGUGUUCUCGGCGAUUUUUUUGUUUUGUCGGUUUCGUGGGUUUUGUGGAGCUCAGAAAUAUCAGGUAUCAAGAUCUAAAUGUUACAAAAAAAGUUUCCUGCUCUUCUCUUUUUCCAAAUUUAAAAAUCAUUCCCAUAAUUUCUUUCAGGAAUAUCCAACAAACUCAAAUAAUUAUGCACUUCAUCUCAUGUUAUUUUUCCUUUCCUGGAUAAUUGUCACUUCUGCUUCCGUUUAUUUUGUAUUAGCCGGUUCCGGAUUUUGGAGUGAGAAAUUGGAUGCGAAAAAGCCGAUUCCAUAUUUUAUCAACAGUUCUAGCAGUUUGGUAUGUCUCUGAUUGAAUAAAGUUCUCACAUAAAUUUUCAGAGAUUCUCACGUGGUGUAUCCGAAAUUUUCGCGAAUCCCGAUUACCAUGGAGACUUUGAAAAUAUCAGUGAGGAGGAAGAUGAUAUGAGCACAACAACUUUGCCAUCGAAUCUGAAAAGAGUGUGGAUUGUAAGUUCCAAGAUUCAUCUAGAAUAAUAGAAUACUAUUUGAUUUUCAGAGUCGGAAAUUCCAUAGGCACCGGAUUGAAAUUCCAAUGCGACCAGAUGCUGAAAUAAGUUUUCUUGGUAAUUCAGACAAGUUUGUGAUUAAAAAAUCAAGCACAACUACAACUUCAACAACAACAAAAAAACCUGAAGUGGAGAAGAAGCUUGAGGAGAAGCCAAGAUAUCAAAUGUCUACUUUUGUCAAAAAUCUGGAGGUAAGUUCAAUUGAUAUAUCAUGGAUUCCAAGAUGAUUUGCAGGAGCCAAUAAAUGAUUCUGAAUCGGAAUCUGAACUUGAAUCUGAAUCUGAACCCGAAACAACUACCGAAGCAGAAUAUGAAUCCAGCGAAGAUUUGAUUAUUGAUGGAAGAAGUAUGGCAACUGAAUCUGCCUCAACUGAUCAAUCUAUCGAACUGACGACCAAAGACUAUUCUCAAAUUGAAUGGAGAAAAGUGGAAACAACAACGAAGGUAAGCUACAGUAACAUAAAAAAUUAUCCAAUUUUCAAAAAUGCUCGUUUUCAGAAAGUUUUGGAAUUCUCAAAAAUACUACCGACUGAACCAACACAACAAUUUCAAAAUCUUCAUUCUCGACUUUUGAUUUUUGUUUGCCGGUUGACUUUUUGUUUUAUAAGUUUGCUGCUGGCGUUUAUUAUUCUUCCAGCGUUCUUUUUCAUUGUAGCAGGUUGGUUUAGGAAGGGUCAAGAAUAAUGCACAAUUUUGAAGUUAGGGUAUCUUAACUGUAAAUUCUAGAAACAUUUUGAAAAAUUGCCUAAAUUUUAAAGAUACCUUAACUUUUCAGAAUUCCCAUAAUUUCAGGAACUGGAUGUUAUAUUUAUAGCGAUCAUCCAAUGAAUCGAUCAAGUAUUUCAAAUACAGUAAGACCAUUUUUCUGUAUCAAUUCUAAAUCUAAUUUUUUUCAUAGAUUGGACAAAUUGUUUCAACUUAUUGCUCAAUUCUACUUCUUGGAUCUCCAACUAUUUUAAUAUUUUCAUCUUUCGCCCUAGUUUACACUCAUUCUCAUGAAACUCUUUGCGCAGCAGUUCAAUUACAGGUUUGUUUUCAGUUUGAACUCAAAAAAAAUAAAUAAAUUGUGUUUUCAGAAUCAACAAACAAUGGGAAUUGUGGACACUUCUUCACAAACAGAUCUAAUCGAAGCUUAUCGAUUGAAUUCAGCGCAAUGCUCAAGAUCUUUAGCUCCAGUUCAAAGUUUGCUGCUCUCCUCACUUCUUUUGUCGAUUUCAAUUCUUCCAUGUGUUUUUUCAAUGUUCAAACUUGUCAAAUAUUAUUAUCGAGCGAAUUCGGAAUUUUAUUGGAAUGCUGCGGAUAAUUAUGCUGGCAGAAGGUUUUCGAAACAGGUUUGACAUACAUUUUAUAGCAAGAAUGGGCAGUGGGGAGCUCAAACUUUCGAGGAUUUGAGUUUGUAAUUUUCUACCAGAUCAAAAUAUGUUUUUUGUUAAAUUUUUAAAAAUGAGAUAAAGUUUAGAAGUAGUAAAAAGCAUCCAGCUUCUUGAUAAAAAAUUCUGGGGCUCAAGCGAAAAUCAAGUUCAAAAAAUUCUGAGCCCAAAAACUCCUCACUCCAGAAUUAUUAUAGAUCAAAUUUUUCCAGGAAUUUCCACAUUUCCAAACAGCAACACUUUAUCCAGACGAAGAAUCAUAUGCGGUCUACGGACAAAUCUAA